CAAGGUCCAAGUAGGAGGGGCGCCUUGGGAGCGAAAGUGAUUGGCAUCGCUUCCGCACGUGUGGUGUGCCCUUUAUGAACCCAUUAGGUGAGGGCUUGAAAUGAAAAGUGCAAUGAACUCGAGGACUCGAAAGCGAAAGUAGUUUCAGGCCACCCACUCUAUACCGACCGUCCUAUACAUAAGAUGGGCUUUGUUCCCUAGCUCCCGGAACAAUUUGUUCACACAAAAAUCCAUUUCCCGCUGCCACUCAUUGCCAUUCGCCUUGCCUCACAUCACGUGCGAAUAGACGCUCAGCCACAUCUCCCCGGCCCUGCUCCAUCUCAGCCUCACCUAUUAGGAGAUGUCUUCUUCCUACCCAUCCUCAAACCAUGCCACUGACGGCUCAGUCAACGGGUAAGUUCCCCUCCUCCUGUCGAUGCCAUCUCUUACUUCCUCUAAUUUCGUUGGCGCCGCUCUCCCCCCUUUUCGAAUCCUAUCAACUAUAUACCACGAACUAACAGCCUACCAUCACAGGUCAAUCCAAGACUCUCCUUCCUCCUCUUCCUCUAACUCCUCCUCGACCGCCGCCGCUGCAGCUGCAGACCAACAACGCCUCUCCGCCUCUCGCACAGCAGCCUAUAUUGCCAACCAAGCUCACUCACAUGUGCAACACCGCCACAGGUCUGCCCAGCACGCUACAUCCUCCCACGCUACCGACAUGAAAGCAUACCUCGACGACUUCGACGCUACGAUGGCCAAGCAUGAGAAGUGACUUCCCUGAUUAGGGAAAAGUCAACAACCAAGAACAACAGGAACACGUGCAAGGAUAAACAAGGAGAGGAAUGACCUGUGUCGCAACGGCCACAGGAGAACGUCGACAGCACGGC